AUAUAAGGGGCGGUAGGUCACAUGAUCAAAACAAAAUGUCGGCCGACCUCUCAUUCGGGUCGGUGCCUCCAUUUUACAGAGAAGUUUACGACAUAGUCUGUCCGAAUCAAGAGCAUGUUGAUCAAGAUAUGUUUGUGCAGAUACUGGUGCAGUCCAGCCUGCCUCGUACUACGGUUAUGCAGAUAUGGGAAGCAGUUGAUAGUAAGCAAGGGUUUCUGACAAGGAAUGGGUUAUAUAAAGCAUUAGCAUUGACAGCAUUGGCACAACAAGGGAAAAACAUUAAUGACAAACUGCUGGAAACAUUCUCGGGUCAAGAGUUGCCAAAGCCAACAUUAGGUGAUCUAUCAGACUUACGAUCAGCCAGUGUCCGACUGAGACGAGAAAAGUCACCAAAUGUCCUUGGAUUUGCAUAUAAUGAGCUGCUAGAGCUUGAUACAGUCAAAGUUGAACUCCUGCCAGAAAAGAAAGGCCUUAUCUUAAAACAUGUGGAAUAUGAAGUUACUAGUCAGAGAUACAAAGCAACAACGUUACGUAGAUAUAAUGAUUUUCUAGCAUUUCAUGAGCUCCUGUUAAUGAGAUUCCCAUACAGAUCCAUUCCAAGACUACCACCUAAGAAAAUGAUGGGAGCCAACAGAGAAUUUAUAGAACAGAGGAGAAAAUCAUUAAGGCGGUAUUUGAACCUUAUAGCGAGACACCCACAGAUGCACGAUGACAAACUAGUCCAGUUCUUUCUCUCAUUCAGUGGUUCUGAUGUGCAGCAUAAAAUACGAGAGACAUUCAGGGGUAUACCAGAUGAAUUUAUGACCAGUAACUUAGCAAGCAGAGCAAAGGAAUUGGUUCCCAUGGAUACUCAAACACAGAUAAGCAAUAGCAAAGAUCACAUAAAAAUGUUAUACAAUAGUUUAUCAAAGUUAAAAGAUAUCACAGAGAGAAUGGUACUACGUGCGACUGGUUAUGCAAGUGAUAUGUUACAAUUUGGCAGGGAACUAAGUGCAAUGAGUAACGACGCUACCCCAGUAUCCUCCUGGGCUACUGGCUCAAAUGAUUCAUGGUCUCAUCUUAAAAAGGGAUUUAAACAUCUGUCAGUAGAAUAUGCUGCCCUAGGAGACAAAGCUUCUAGGGAGGCAGCUGAAGAAGAAGAAACCGUUGUAGAAAAAGUGUCAUUACUUUUAGAUUUAAUAACUUCAUAUAAGGACCUCUGUGAUAGACAUGAAAAAGGGGUUCUGCAGGAUCACCAGAGAGCUGUACAGAAAAUGGGGCAAUAUAAGAAGAAAAGAAUGUCAGCUACAGUUCAGAGUUCAGAGGUUGGCCAAGUAGAACAGCUUGAACAGAAAAUUUUAGAGCAAGAAGGUCAAAUAGCAAAUAUGGAAAAUAGGAAUUAUUACAGCUUACACUGCCUCCAGAUGGAGACACAGUUAAUACAUGCAAACUUAGACAUUCUUUAUGAUAUUUUGGCAGCUAUGGCUGAAGUGCAAUCUACUUCACACGAGGAGUUAUGCAAAGUUUGGAAAGCAAUAGGACCAAUAGUGGAAACUAUUCGAGGAGACAGCACAUCAACGCCUAACAGAAAUUCCUCAUCUUCACCCAUCAAUAACAACAAGAUUGUGAUUUAAGUAGUUACUUGUUUACCAUUUGAGCCACGUCAUGAGAAAACCAACAUAGUGCGUUUGCGACCAGCAUGGAUCCAGACCAGCCUGUGCAUCCGCGCAGUCUGGUCAGGAUCGAUGCUGUUCGCUAACAGUUUCUCUAAUUCCGAUAGGCUUUGAAAGCGAACAGCAUGGAUACUGACCAGACUGCGUGGAUGCGCAGGCUGGUCUGGAUCCAUGCUGGUCACAAACGCACUAUGUUUGUUUCUCAUGGUGCGGCUCAUAUCAUUUUUUUCUGGGAUAACAUAUUGGGUAUCUUCUUUGUAUUUGCAAAGGUCUUCUUAAAGGCAACCUUCUAGCAAAUCAGUUUGUGAAUGUCUUUCACAUAAUUAUGCUUUAUCACAAAAUCUGUUCACUACACAGGGCUCAACAAAAUUCUUGAAUACAAGUCAUUCUUCAGGACAAAAAGCUUCUUGUUUUGUUCACUGAAAUGUUUUGAAUUUCCACUGCUCAAUUUUUAGCAAAUUCAUUGUAUUUUUUUGGUUUAAACAUGCAGCAAGUUCUGCUAGCUAUUUGCCGAUUUCUGCUUAUAUUUUAAAGAAGAGAAAUGGAGUUUUUGAGCCCUGCUAUAAAAAUUGGGAAUUGAAUCUUGUUUCAUUUUUGUUUCAAAAGCUAAAAGAAACAUGAAGUUGUUGUAUUAUAGUAAAACUCUAACUUCUGCAUUUGUUGUACACUUCCUCUUCCUCUUCAGUUCUCUUCCUUUACUCUUUGUUGAAAAUUUGACAACAUUCACGCUUUUUUAUGCAAAAUAAAUCAGGUAAAAACUAAAGGAUACCUCUAUAAAGUUUACUUGAAAACCUACAUUUGCUCAUCUAUAGGAUCACAGAUGCCAUAGUGAGAUCAUUUGUACAAACUUUAAUUGUUAUUUCCUCGACAACAUUCCAUUAGAUUAUAAAAAGGGGUUUUUGAGAGGAUACACAGAAUUUUCCCUAUUUCAGCAAGGCUACAUAUCAUCAGGUCUGUAAGCAAUGAAUUUUUAAAAAAUGCAUUAUCGUAUCAGCAUGAACAUUAUUUGACAGAUCUGUAAUGACCAGCCAUUACAAGUUUAAUAUUGACAAGCUCAGUGGUGUGUUUUAUUUCUCAUGAUGUGUAAGUUUUUUAUUAUCAUGUAUAUAGAUAGAGAAAUUUAAAUGUGAUCAUAUGAUAAUAUUGUCAGUUAAUGUGUUUUCAUAAUGACCCGGAAAUAGAUUCGUGUUCUGUCAUAUCUUGGCUGAUGACCUUGAUUUUGAUCUAUCACAGAACCAUUAUGUAGACUUCUGUUUAUUAACCUUUAGCCUACUGGCUGCACGUGGUUUUGCCUUUGCAGGCUGAUCAUGGUCUUCACUGUUUGCUGUUCAGUCAAUAAAUUUUCAGUGAACACCCCUUUGAAUAUGAAGUGUUGCUGCCCAAAUUGAAUGAUGGACCAGUCCAUUUUAGAAAUUUAGCAGGGUAAAGGUUAAGCUUAUAGUCAGAUAAGGGAAUUAACUACAAACACAUUUAAUGGCAGCAUUAACUGACAUAGGUACAUGUGGGAAAGAGGCACGACUUUUUCAAAAUAUUUUAGGCAUGUUGAUAAUUAAUUGAAAAGUAAUAUGUUCCUAAUUGUUUUUCAAAACAAUUAGGAAGUGUUAAUUGAAAUGUAGAUAUUUGAAGUUGAUUUGUCAGUACGAGAGUCAACAUACAUGUAGUUUAGGAACUCAGCUAUCAUGUUGCUAUGGAGAUGUGGGAAGUUUUUCUAACAUAUUUUCAUAUUUAUCUGUUUGGUAGUAAAAAAAACAGUUGUUGUCAUCUAAUGUAUAAUGGUGCUCAAUGAUUGCAUACAACAGCUAUAAAGUAGAAAUCUUAAUUCACUGUAAUUUGUUGUUUUAGAAGUUGUUAGCUAGAUUACUCUUGGUUGAAAUUAAUGCAGAUUAUGGCCCUUUUUAGCUCACCUGAAUUUUGUUCAGGAUGAGCAAUUAAAACGAUGGAUGGUGGAUGGUCAGGCGUCAACCCAUUGUCAAUCAUUCUCUGUCCUGUAUAAGUAUUUUUACUUAAACAUCUUCUUCUCUGAAACUACUGGAAUGUUUUGUCCGUUAUUGGUUCAAAUGAGGGCAUUUGGUCCCUAUAAGAGGAAGCUAUAGAGCUGUAAACAGAAAAAAAGCUUAAAAUUGCAUGGUGAAUCUGCACUAAACUAGGUCUGUGGCAACCUUGUAAGGUACUCUCUUAAAUUUGUUCAGUUGGGACAGAAACCUGUUUUAUGUUUUUAUUUAUAUGAUAUAGAUAUAUUAAAGGUAAAAUAGUCAAGGUCAGGUGAACCACACAGGUAGAAAUUUGAAAUAUUCAUAAACAAUUUGAAUUUCCUAUGAUACAGUGAUCCUUUUUAGUUCUUAUGAAGUUACAUUGAACAGAGUAUUCCAGAGGCCACAGUGUCUAAAUUAGCCUGGGCUUAGAUACAUCUCAUUGGUUAGAAAAUGUGUGCAUUUUACCAGAAAUUACCCACAAAAAGCUUAUGAUGUGAUGUAAGAAUUGUCCCUGUUCCAACAAUUACUGUUCAGUUUUGUCAUUUUAGAAAUUUUAUCGUUAGAUUUAUGACAAACUGGAUAGAUGAAAACAAUGUAAGAGAAGAAAUAACACUAAAAACUAAGAUACGAAUCUUGUUUUAAGUUAGUUUCAUUCCGGUAUGAAUUGAACUGGUUUGUGUUGAAAGACCAGGUUAAGACGUAUUAAACAGACUCAUUUAUUUCAUGCCUAAAUGGAAGCUACAAAGCGGUGAUUUCAUUUCUGAUAAGAAAACGUUUUAUGUUAGAUAAACAUUUGUCAUAAGUAGAAUGCAGAAUAUAGUGCAUAUACUAAUAAAGAAAGUUGCCAUAUUUGUUUUUCAGAGAUUAAAGCGUAUUUGUGAGUGAUUGUUCCCCUCCCUGUGCAAUAUUGUUGGUAACAAUUUUGUAGAACUAUUUGACUUAAGUUUUAUAAUGUGUUUCUCAGAAGUGCAUUGAAAUAUUAUGGCGGAUUAUAUUCAUUUUGAAACUUUCACUUUUUCAAACAUUGGAAUUAUCAUUUUAUAUUUUUUUAUUUCACUGUCUUGACUCCAAAAGAAUAUGAAUUAUUAGAAAUUGGAAAUUCCUUCCAUAAUAUAGCGACAUUAAACCCAACAAAAUAAAUAAACUUUCCAUAAUAUACGUCUGUAAUGAUAUUAAAGUUUCAGAAGUAUAUACAUACCUACAAAAAUAUAAAGGUUGGUACUCCAUCAUAUUAAAAUGUAAAUCAGAUCUUCAAAGCUCAUAAAAAAAUAUUGACCUAUGUCCAAUAUCAACAUCAUCAUGUUAUGAUUUUGCAUACCUUGUAUGGGUAAAAAUCUGGUAUAUUUCAGUAAAAUUCAUUUAAAGACAUGAAAUAAAAAGAAAAUUUGUUUGUUUUACAAUGAUGUGAAAUCAAAAUAUCUGUCAUUUGUGAUCACCGAAUUAAAGAUUUGCACUCUUGGCUGAACCUUUUUAGACAACAUCGCAUCUGAUGGUCACUUCCUAAAGGAUAUUUCGAACUUACACUGAAACAGACAAAUCAUCUUUAUUGCUGCAACUUACAUGUGGUACAGAAAUGUUUGUUGCAAUAGAUUGCAAACUGUUUCUUAGGUUGAUCAGGGAAAAUCCUUUUUAAAGCAUAGAUGUCACCAGUUCACAACAAAUCUUGGUAAUCAGUUUUUAGCUCACCUGUCACAAAGUGACAAGGUGAGCUUUUGUGAUCGCGCGGUGUCCGUCGUCCGUCCGUCCGUCCGUCCGUGCGUGCGUCCGUCCGUCCGUAAACUUUUGCUUGUGACCACUCUAGAGGUCACAUUUUUCAUGGGAUCUUUAUGAAAGUUGGUCAGAAUGUUCAUCUUGAUGAUAUCUAGGUCAAGUUCGAAACUGGGUCACGUACCGUCAAAAACUAUGUCAGUAGGUCUAAAAAUAGAAAAACCUUGUGACCUCUCUAGAGGCCAUAAUUUUCAAUGGAUCUUCAUGAAAAUUGGUCAGAAUGUUUAUCUUGAUGAUAUCUAGGUCAAGUUUGAAACUGGGUCACGUGCGGUCAAAAACUAGGUCAGUAGGUCUAAAAAUAGAAAAACCUUGUGACCUCUCUAGAGGCCAUAUAUUUCACAAGAUCUUCAUGAAAGUUGGUCAGAACGUUCACCUUGAUGAUAUCUAGGUCAAGUUCGAAACUGGGUCACGUGCCU